GUUAAAAACAACUAAUCUCCUGCCAAAUCAUGUUUAUAACUGAACUACACAGUAUUUAUUAUUCAUUUACAAAUAAAAACAGUUGGUAAUAUACAGUUUCUAAAGUAUUUUGAAGCAUUACACUGCUCGCAGCAGUGACAUCAUCACUUUGUGUCUAUGACCUCAUCUGAUCGCGACAAGCGCACAAAAUCCAAUGCACACCCACAAAAUCUCAAGGUUCUGCGUUUAAGUUGUAAAAAGCUACACUUCCCAGUUUGCAGCUCUCGCACUUCCGCGUCUGCGUACUAGUGCCGGCGCAGUGAGUGUGCAGCUUCCCUCUUGUUGAGCAGCUUGAAACACAAACAUCACAGCGGAAACUAUAAUAAUAAUAAUAAUAAUAAUAAUAAUAAUAAUAAUAAUAAUAAUAAUAAUAAUAAUAAUUGAUUAAAAUUGUGUAUUUUUUCACCGAGCCUGAUGUUUGUUUCUGAUGUCGGCAUUUAUUAACUCACGGAAACACGCCCAGACUCUUAUUUAACAUAUUCCUGUCUUAUAUUCCGACAUUUUAAGCCGGCAAAACAAUAAAAACAGCCUCAGUUUCCUCGUUACGUGUUCAGAUGAAUCCCCUCCGCCUGUUGUCUCUCCUCGCCACAGUCGCCGUGCGCCUCUCCGCGGUCCUUUACGGUAGUGGUACUGAUGCGGGAUGAGUCAGGCUAUAUGAUGCUGCUGCUCCUGCUGCCAUUUCAUCAGCGGCGAAAGCCCACAAACACACGGCCAACACACACGCGACACGGCGGGAUUCCCCUCUGACAGCCGGCCUCCCGCCCUCACACAGCCCGAGCAGAGCGCGCAGGCUGCCGGGAGGUUUUAUCCGCGGCUCCGGCGGAGAAAAGAAAAGAAACGCGCACGAUCCGCACCUGCUCUGGAUGCGUUUUUUCCUCCCUCGGCUCUCGAUCGGGCCUGAAGUGAAGGAGGGGACUCAGCCCUGGACUCCAGGACUCCAGGACUCCAGGGCCUGCUGCUGCUGCUGCACCAGGAUCUGCUUCUUCAGGAUCUGUGAGACGAGCAUCGACCCCCGGAGGGUUCGAGGGAGGGGAGGGAGGGGGGGCUGUUCUGCAGGGCCCGAUCCACACAGACCCGUCGGUGCCAUGGAGCCCACACCAGCCUGGUCCUGAGGACGCAGCGUCACAGAAGAGCGGACCCACUCCGGCCUACGCUGCCCUCCUGCUCCGAGCAGACAGACAGACAGACAGACAGACAGCGGUGAGAGCAACAGACAGACAGACAGACAGACAGACAGCAGCAGCAGCCCAGUCAUGGAGGCGAUAUGGCUCUAUCAGUUCCGGCUGAUCGUCAUCGGGGACUCCACGGUGGGCAAGUCGUGUCUGAUCCGGCGGUUCACGGAGGGCCGCUUCGCCCAGGUGUCGGACCCCACCGUCGGCGUGGACUUCUUCUCCCGGCUGGUGGAGAUCGAGCCCGGCAAGCGGAUCAAGCUGCAGAUCUGGGACACGGCGGGCCAGGAGCGCUUCAGGUCCAUCACCAGGGCUUACUACCGUAACUCUGUGGGCGGGCUCCUCCUGUUCGACAUCACCAACCGCCGAUCCUUCCAGAACGUCCACGAUUGGCUGGAGGAGGCUCGCAGCCACGUCCAGCCGCACAGCAUCGUCUUCCUCUUGGUGGGGCACAAAUGCGACCUUGAGGCGCAGCGCCAGGUGACCCGCCAGGAAGCAGAGAAGUUGGCGGGGGCGUAUGGAAUGCGCUACGUCGAGACGUCGGCCCGCGACGCCAUCAACGUGGAACAUGCCUUCACCGAGUUGACCAGAGACAUCUUCGCCCUGGUGCGGUCCGGCGACAUCACAAUCCAGGAGGGCUGGGAGGGCGUGAAGAGCGGGUUUGUCCCCAAUGUGGUUCACUCCUCGGAGGAAGUGACCAAGAGCGACCGCCGCUGUCUAUGUUGAUCUGGGAAGAGUUUCGGGACUGAAGGUGAAUCCAGGAAGGAUUCAGAGGGGAGUGGCUGACGGACUGAGGUGUCAGCCCUCUGACUGAAAGUGUUGGUAACCCUCUAAUGUUGUUUCUUAAGACUGGAAACAAAGGAAUUUCAAUGAAGAGGCUGGUAGAAGGCAGAGAGGACCACCUUGAGCAAGGGGUGGAUGACUGAAGGGUUGUGCCCAUUCCUGUAUACCUUUUAUUUCUCAGAGUGGAAGGAUCACAGAUGCUCAUUGACUUGUGAGGGCUCCCAUGAUUCAGUCCCUUAAGUUUUUUUUGGGCUUGCUGCCUGAAAACCCCUGAAAGUCUUAGGAAGGCCUUAGAAAGAGGAUCCAUUUCGGUUCUUCGCCAAAAUACGUAGACACUCUUGACUGGUUCGAUCUUUCUUUCUUCUGUCAUCUCUUCCUUCACCUCUCCUCCCACUAAUCCUUAAUCUCCUCCUCUCCUCCAAUAUGCAAUUACAUGAUCACAUACGAAAAAAAACGAUCACUCUUACGUUCCAACGUCCUCCUCGCACAUAUCAGUCAAGGUUUAGUCAGCACCGUUAGGGUCAAGCGCCAUCCUUUGCAAGAGUUGUUUUUCUCUUGAGCUGACGUUUUGCUCCACAUUCCACGAUCAGAGCUCAAUGGAGGAGUCCUGGAGGUCCUAAAUAUAACGAGGGAAGAUGGUUUCCUUCACGGAGACCACAUACAUUUUUCGUUGGAGCAAUUUAGGCCUCCAGUGAGCUCAAUGACAUUGACUACAUGGUUAUAUCCACUAUCAUUCUGCUAAAUACCGCACUAUAAUGAAGCAUCUUCACCCAUCCUAACGGACUCCUGAAGCCGGGCGAGACAACGUGUACAGCUUGACUGACCAAGGUAGACUUGUUGGACUGGGGGACUUGUCUAGGCGGACCAAUAGGGACGUUGGAUCCAGAAAGCACCUUAAUAGCCAAGUCCACCUUAAAUGUGGAGCCUCAUGUGUGACUUUUGAAAGGUGCUACACAAGCUGGAGAUGCAGUUCUUGAAAGCAGAGCAAACAGAGAGGGACCAGACCGCGGACUCCGCAGAAGAACCACAUUAACCACAAUGCACGCAUUCGGACAAUAUAAUCAUGCAAAGACAGUCCCAACUAGCAGGUGUUAUUAAAUCAGGCCAACAUGGAUACAACCACGAGGGAGCGACACGGUUGGAUUUUGAUUUGAUUUUGUGUGUGUGUGUGUGUGCUCAAGCGUAUCGAACCUUUAUUUUCAUUUCGAUACACUCCAAUGCUACAUGCUGAUGUAACCAGCACAGUUAUGUGGGAAUACUUUAAUCACACUUAAACCUAAAGGAAGAAUCCACCUGAAAAUACGACCUACUCACCCUCAUGCUGAAGGAAAGCUGAAAGUUGAAGUUUCGUAGUCCACAAAACAUUGUUGCAACGUUCUCCUCAACAACUGAACUAGAUGGGGACUUAAGGGGAAAGAUUUAAAAUGGCUUUUAAAAAGUAACAAAACUAAGUCUUUGGAGGCUCUGAGAUACGCGUCAUAGAGCGCACCCCGUCUGGAGUGGUUGCAAGAACUCUACCGUGCGUCAAGGGUGUAAAUAAAGUCUUUCACAAAUCGAUUUGGGAUCUCAGGGAUUCCCGUAGACUUGGACUAUACCUGGCAAACUGUAUGGAGCCAGUAUAUUUUUGUUGUUGUAUGUUCUAAAACAUGCCCCCAUCUACUUGAGUUGCUUAGGAGAACGCUGUAACGCUGUUUUGCUGCGAAGCUCCAGAAAUGUUUUGUGGGCCGCGAGACUUUACCUGACUUUCCAUCAGAAUGGGGGUGAGAAGGCAAUGCCCGUCAUUUUUUGGGUGAACUUGCCCUUUAAUGUCUUACCAGGUGGUUUUAGAUGGACUCAUUCGUCUUGGACGGAUGCUCUCUUGCCAGAUUAUUGGGUACACUGAGCUAAAACUUACGACUUUGAAUACAACUGUCCUGCAAUACAUGUUCAGUUUUUGUUUAAGCUGUUUUAGAGCGGUGCUGAUUCACUUUAAGAUAACUUUGAAGGUUUGUGGUGUGGGUUGAUUUAUUUUUGCAUCACACUAACAGGUGUUGGUUAUUCAACCAACCCUCUUGGAUAUAAAUGGGUUGAAACUCAAUUUGCAGAAGCAUAAACUUCCCCUCCGAAAUGACUAACUGUGGCAGGGCUGUUUGAUUAUUUUUUAGCUAGGUGUACCCAAUAAACUGGGUAUUGAGUGUUCGUAAUCUUCACUCCCUCCCGUUGUAACUCUGUCAGUGAGCAGUCUGCGGAAGAAGACUCUGCUAUCUCAAAUUAGCUGUCCCCCAACAGUGAUUUGUCUCAAACCCACAGCAUCAUACAGGAGGUGUAACAUGCUGUUGUAGCAUUUGUCUUCUCCCUGAGAUUUCAAAUGACAACUGUAAAGGGGCUGAUGAGCAGAUCCAAAAUGUAUCACGUUACUAUUUUGGUUAUAGACGAGCAGCGAGGUCUUGGCAGGUGUUCGCCAUCACCAAUUAAAGACAAAACACCUGCUUUGACGUGUCAAAGGUGUGGCCAACAUGCUCAGAGAUUUUUUUCCCGCUCUGUGUGGUUCCGUGUGAAUCUUUCCUUUUAAACAGGCAUUAUUUUGAUUUUACACAAAAGGGGAAUUUCUGUGUUUUUAAACCCAGGGCUCAUAUUUACAUGUUUUGAUGUGUAAAGUAUUCGUCCAUUCCAGACGUUUUGGAAUUGGUCCAUUAGAUCACAACUGCAAUAAUCAGACUCACAUUCGCUAAAAGUUCUUGUUUUUUGGCACUAACCAUCUUGAGGUUGCUAUUUUAAGUGUCUGACAAAACUACGGAAACAAUUCCGAUGGAGAAAGACCUGUUUGUUAAAGAGUGAGACCGUUUUGGAACCAGAAACAAAGAGAAGUCUGGCUCUCAAAUCUGGAGAGAUUUGAGUUGUAGCAGGAAGACAAUGGUGGAAAGAAUUGAAGAGAGAGUUUACUUAGAGGAGCUGCCAGCAAGAAUCUCUUCCUAGAUUCACAGCGGAACAUCUAACUGAUUUGACAGCCUCAAUGAGGCGACACCUGCAGCGACUCACCUCUCGCGGGAUAUCAGAGCGAGAACUCACCUUCAGCAAGACUCACAAGAGGUGAGUUGUUGCAGUUGCUGCCUCAUCUAGACUGUCAAAAUAUGUUAGUCAGCCGUGACUUUGGAAAUGAAUUCCUCUGCUUGUUACAAAAACACGCACUUUUAUUGGAUUUAGGUUUGAUUGUUACAGUUGCCCCAAAGGAUUACAUAAACUAGACCAGAACAUUUGUAGUUGGUAUGAAUCAUUUACACACCAGCUCAUCUAAAUAUGGGGCCAAAGCAUAAAAUAAGAGAAUUCCCCAUCUUAUGUUUUCAUGCAAAACUCAAGAUGUCAACUUGGUUACUGUUUAAAAUGCCAAGAAGAAGCAGAGACGGUGAAUCACACCCGUUCCAUCGGCUGCAGAUGGCGAAGAGCGAAACAUUAAUGUCGUGUGAGUUGGCGGACGACUCGUCUGCUUGAUAGAUAACACCAGUAAUCUACCAGUAGAUUUCCAUUUUAAUUUAUGAAAUUACCAAAUAUAAUCAUGUUUUAUGUUUUUUUUUGUGUGAGACACAUUGACCUUCAUAUUACAAGGAACAGAGAGACUUUUAGCAAUUAAAUGUACCUUAACUUAUCUACCUUAAGUACCUGGACUGCUUGGUGAAGAUCUGUAUGUCUGUACACCUAAUUUAAGCAUUUUUUUCUCAAUUGGUAUUCUAUUUUUAAGUUCUUUUUCAUCUUUAAUCUGAUACACGGUCCUUAAUUAACGUGUGUGCUUGUAUUUUUGCUGUUAUUCUCUUUUAAAUGAAUUCAUCCAA